GUAUGUAUUUAAUUUUUUUGGCGUCUCUUGGCGCAGGUAUGUGCAUGAUGGGGAGAGCAGGGGGGGUUGCUGUGCUGGCAGCCCCUGUGCUGGGGGCAUCGCUGCUGGGAGCUUUGAAGCUCAGCCAGGUGCAGAGAAGCAGCGACUCGCCCCAAAUGGCUCCCACUGGAUCUUGUUGUAACCUGUUGGCUGUGACAUGAGGGGCCACCCUCUUCCCACCCCGGCACGGUGCUGGCGUCACCUCCAGUCAGCUUCCCCACGUGACCCCCGUCCCCCGCUUUCUCCACCUAGGCUGUCAAUGAGGUGGCUUUGGGCUUUCCCAACGUCAUGAUCCUGCCUCUAGAUGUGACAGACCCCAACAGCAUCAAGGCAGCAGUCAGGAAGGUGAGGGAGGAGGUGGGAAGUGCUGGCCUCAACCUCCUGAUUAACAACACCGGCACCACGCGCCGCAGCACCUUGGCCACUGAGACAGCAGAGAACAUGAGCCUCGUCUACACCACCAACACCAUCGGGCCCCUGCAGACAAGCCAGGCCUUCCUGCCCUUGCUGAAGGAGGCGGCUGAGGCCGAAGGGCAGCGUGAGAUGAGCUGCCGCAGAGCUGCCAUCAUCAACAUCUCCAGCAUCCUGGGCUCCAUCGAGGUUGCAGAGGCUUGGGAAGAGAGGCAGGACAUCUGCUACCGCUGCAGCAAGGCUGCUCUGAACAUGCUUACCAAGUGCCUGGCCCUGGAGUACGGGAACAGAGGGAUCCUCUGCGUGUCUGUGGAUCCUGGACAUGUGACACCUCCCUUGGAACAGGGGAUGGGCCCGGUGACGCUGGAGGAGAGCGUGAGGGGUGUCCUGCAGCUGCUGGCCCAGCUCUCAGCCACCAGCAAUGGCACCUUCUGGGACUGGAGAGGGCAGAGGCUGCCCUGGUGAGAGCAGCAUCUGCCACUUAGCUUAAAUAAUUAAUUAAAGUGAAUUAAUUGCCAUUUCCAGGCUCACUCUGAUGGGGGGCGGGGGGAGGGAUGGGCAGGGGAAUAGAAACAGGGAUGCACAGGCUGGGGAAUGAGAGUUGGAUUCGCUGCCCCCCUGGUCUGGGAUGAUGAUUUGGGCCAGGGCAGCAUAAGGAAGGGUACCCUAAAUGUGGUCCCGAAUCCAAGGCAUUCCCUGGGGCUGGAGACUGAGAUCCCCUGGGUAUCCUCACUCUAGGGCCAUAAGCCAUACUGCUUAGGGGAACAUCCCAGACAGCCCCCAAACUCAGCCCUUGUCCUGCUGAGUCUGCCCACCCCAAAAACAGCUGGCCUUUCCAUGCCCACCCCAAGGAUGCUGCCAGGCAUUUUUCUUUUGAUUCAAGGCCAGAAAAGAAUCUUCCUAUUCCAGCAGCUGGGCGGUUUCACAGCAGAUCUCCCAGUCUCAGCACACACCUAAAGAUGUCUUUUGAGACCUGGGCAGGGCAUCCUGGGCUGACCCUCCCUAAAACCAUCCCUCAUGGUACACCAGGAGAUACUGUAAACAGGCUCCCAUUCUCGAUCCUGUGAGUGCAUUCCUGUAGAGGCUCUCAGCUGACACUUCUGAAGCCAUCUCUCAAAAGAGGGAUCAGAAGAAAAUGCACAAUGUCUCAAGUGGGCUGGACACGCAGGGUUUUGGCAAGCCCAUUGCUGGGGGGAUGCUCUGAGAUGAAGCUGGGCAGGGGUCAUUUUGCAGAGACAACUUCAGUUUUCCCACACUGGAGGAGGAUGAAGGAUCAUUCCCACACUUGACACAAGGGAGAUGGAGGUUGGGGCUCCCUUAACCCAAGGGCUAAGGCAGCCCCAGGUGGGUACCUGGACCACACAGGGGCUCUGUUAAAGCCAGCAGGGAUGGGAGAGAGGGUUCUUCUAGUUAAAGCUCUUAUCAAGCAGUGGAUCAUUACUGGCGGGUUUUAUAUCAGCUCUGUGUGGGCUUUUUAUCAAAAGGAAUUAUCACCAGGCAUGAAGGGAGGAAGGAAAGGG